GUCCUGAUCAACUGCAGGAACAACAAGAAGCUUCUCGGACGAGUCAAAGCCUUUGACAGGCACUGUAAUAUGGUUCUUGAGAAUGUCAAGGAGAUGUGGACAGAACAGCCAAAAACUGGAAAGGGGAAGAAGAAGGUCUACAUCGCCUUUCAAUAUUUGUAA